CCACGGUUUGCGUUGCUUUUGUCCCAGUUGCGGCGCAUUCACGUCGACCAGCGCCCGUCACUGCGCCACUGCGUACACCCACGGGGCGGCCUCGGCUGGGGGGCAGCGACCCCAUGGAGCAACGGCUCGCGCGCGACCGGCGCCUGGCCAUGGAGCUGCUCGUCGAGCAGACCUACCGCUUCCCGGACAAGCCGCCGAAGAACGUCGCGGGCCUCAUCGACCGCGCGUCGCUGCUGGCCUUCUACCGUGUUCACAAUGCGGGGCUCGCCACCGAGGCCAAGGUCGAGGAGAUUCUGAGCGGCUACCGCGGGCGCACGCACGUGCUCGCGCUCAUGCUGGCGAAGAAGUACGGGAAGAAACUCGUGGAGCGCCUCCAGAGCACGCCGCGGUCGCCGGCCUCGACCACGCGUCGGCGGGCGCUGCGGCCCGUUAACUCAUCAGCGCGGCAGAGGACGAAAAAGAAGGUCCGCGCCGCCGUUUUUGCGGAGGAAAGUGUCCCCUUUGCGACCUCGCCGGACGAGGAACGCGCCGCUGUCGCCUCGGCGCGGCUUGAGGCCCGCUACGCGGCGGAGAGGUUGCACCGCGAGCGGACGAGGCGGGCCGAGGAAGCUGUAGAAGUAGAACGAGCGCGCGCGGAGAAGCACGCGGAGGCCGCGGCGGCCGAACGAAGACGCGCGGCCAAGCUCGAAAUGGACCUUGUCACAGCGCGCGCCGAUGCGGCACGCGUCAAAGCGACCGCGACGGGAGCGGCAGCGAGCUUGGACGCGGCGGCAUCUGCGCUGCAUGCGGCCGACGCGGAAGCGGCCUCGGCCCGCGAGGUUACUGCACGUAACGAAACUGAGCUUUUGGCGCGCGCAGAAAAGGCCGAGAAUGCGGCGAAAGCCGCGGCGGAGGCGCAUCACCGCGUAGUGGCGGCGCUGGCGAAGGUCGAACGCGACCGCGACGCCGAGGCGGCAGCCGAGGCGAAAAUGGUUGGAAGCGAGCGGCAACGCGUGACGGCGGCGCUCGAAGCAGCGACGGCCGCAUGUCGUGAAGCCGAGGCGAAGGCAAUUUCAGCCCGCCGCGAGCGCGAUGACGCCCGCGCCGAGUCAGCUGAAGUCGCACGAAGGCAUGCUCAGGAGGUCGCCGCCGCCCGGGAAGACGCGACUGCUCGCAGCGCGGCAGACGAGGCGGCGCGAGCGGACGCCGCACGCUUGGAAGCAGAAUUGGCCGACGCCGCCGCAGAGGUCGAACGACUAACUAGCGCGGUCCUCGCCAACAAUGAUGACACGGCUUCUGCGUCAGCCGAAGCCGAGGCGCUCGAGUUGAAACUCGCGGAGGCGAACGCGGAGGUAGCACGUCUGGCGGAAGAGGCCGCCGCCAAUGCUUUCAAGAAUGAGGCCGCAGCGGCCGCACGCGAAGCGGCACUGGUCGACGCCACGGCUCGCGCGGAGCAGCUUGAGAAGGAGGCGGCCGCCCGUGAUUCAGCAUUGCUUGAUGCCACCGCAAGAGCGUCGAGGGCCGAGCGGGCGGCCACCGCCGCGACAGAGGAACAUAAGCGCCUCUCCGACGAGCGGGAGGCAAUCCGACGGGAACGAGAUGCCCUCGCGGCGGCGGCGGCCGAGGAUCGCUCGAAACUCAAAACCGCCGCCGAGUCGGCGCAGACGGCACAAGCCGCAUGGGCCGAGAUUUCUAGGAUCGGUUGGAGCGAAGCCGCGUUGCGGCGCGAGAACAAUCGGCUUCUGGCGGCGGCCGAAGAGGCGGAGGCGGCACAGACUACGCUACGGAGCGAGAACGACCGGCUGCGUGAAGAGGCGCCGCGGCGACCACCGAUGGCGGACGCGCAGACGUCGCCGCCGCGUGAACGGUCGCCGCCUCCCAACGGCCCGGGCCCGCGGUCGCCGCCGCGUACCGUCAGACCGGGCACGCGUCGCCGCUCUAGAAGGCGGGGCCGAUCGCCGACGCCUCGUGGAUGCCGGAGUUCUAUGCCUAGGACGUCGCCGCCGGUCCGACCAAAACUCAAGCCAGCGAUGAGCGCGCCCCUCGUGCUCGAGCCGGCAACUUGCAAGAGACCCGUCCUGCUGGCCAAGCGGUCGCACCACCACGUGUCUACACCGGUCGCGGAAAAUGACGACGACGACGACGAGGCGGUGCCGCCUGAGCACGAGGUCCCGAAGACUCGGAGGCUUAAUUUCGGGCCGUGGGGCCGGGUCCUGGCGUACUUCUGCCUGGCGCUUGCCGCAUUGUCUCUACGUGCCGGUCGCGUCAAGGCGCCUGUCGUCAAGCCAUCGCUGAAGAAUGUGGCAUCACCCCACAUGCCCGUCCAGCCGCGGCGGAGGAUACGACCGCGCGGCCUAAAAGUCGGACUGGUCGCCGGCGCGGCGGCGCGGCCGGUUCUCAGGCCGGUGGCUACGUUCUUCACGAAACGACCGGUGCUACGAAAGAUUGGCGGCUUCGUGGCGCGGGCGGGAAUAUCGAAUACGGCGAUGCGAGGCCUCCGGAAAGUUGUCCGUCGCGCCAUACCAGUCCUUAAAACGCGAUAGUUUAGUAAAACUUCUUAGAAC